AUGUCGUCUAAGUCUGGGUAUCUGCCUUCGUAUCAAGCUGGCGAAGUCGAAAAGCAUGAGGCAAAUUGGCGCGACAUCCCCGAUGCUAAUCGCAACUUUACGAAAGCCGAGGUAGUCAUUGUUGGUGGAGGAAUAUCUGGAAUGUGCAUGGCAAUCGAUCUUUUGGUCAACCAGAGGGCCAAGAACAUAAUACUCCUGGAGAAGGGAGGCGGUCUCGGCGGAACUUGCGUGCUUUACUCCUACUCCUUUGCACAGAACCCCCGAUGGUCUCAUCGUUAUCCGGGCCAGGAAGAGAUUCUGGACUACCUGACCAGCGUCGCUCAAAAAUAUGGACUUUAUAAGUAUACUCGGUUCCACACAACUGUCGAGGCUGCCAACUGGAAUGACAGAAGCCUCAAGUGGGAAAUAACGGUGACGGUUGGCGAGGGGAAAGAAUCCGAGUUCACCCCUACCUAUCAAAUCACCAGUGACUUCUUGGUGGCGGCGACUGGCCAACUUAACAAUCCCAAAGGAAUUGAUACUCCCGGAUACAGCGAUUUUCAGGGGAAGAUCAUGCAUUCCGCCAGAUGGGACUGGAGCUAUGACCUGAAGGGAAAGAGAAUUGCUGUCAUUGGGACCGGUGCUACGUCUGCACAGAUUGCUCCAGAAAUCGCAAGACUGGCAUCUGAGCUUACCAUCUGUCAGAGGACACCCGCUUGGGUUAUUCCACGCCACGAUGAGAAAAUUCCCCACUGGCAGCGAACCCUACAUACAUAUCUUCCUCCAGCACGCUGGCGAGCACGGGCGGAGGCCAUGGACUUUCGGGAAUCUUUUCACUCCGCAGUCACCCAAGCUGACUCGGCUUAUGCCGAUCUCAUGAGAUCUAUGAACUACAAUCUUUUGAGGGAACAGCUGCCUAAUCGUCCUGACCUUUGGGAUAAAUUGUCCCCUGGAUACCAUCCUGGAUGCAAGAGGACUGUGAUCAGUGACGACUACUACCCUACUUUUUUGAGGCAAAAUGUCAAACUGGAGACCGACAAGAUCGAACGAUUUACACGAGACGGAAUCAAGUUCCAAGGCCAUGACUCGGCAGAAAAGUUCGACUUGAUUGUGCUGGCGACUGGAUUUGAUACAUUCUCAUUCUUGUCACCCAUUAGCAUCACCGGGCGCAACCGCAGGCGGCUGGACGAUAUCUGGGCGAAAGCGACUUAUGCUUACAAAGGCGUGACGGUGCCAGAUCUUCCGAAUUUUGGCAUGCUGUACGGGCCAAACACAAAUCUCUCCCAUAACUCUUUGAUACUGGUUAUCGAAGCGCAGACAAAGUACAUCUCAGUCCUUGUCAAUAAGGUCCUGCAGGCUAGACGCACAGGUGGCAGACUGGCAUUGUGUCCAUCGGAAGAGAAGACUCUGAGCUAUUGGCUCGACCUGCAAAAAGCGCUGCAACAGACAUCGUUCGCUGACCCGAAUUGUAACAGCUGGUGGAAAAGAGCCGACGGUCUCAUCACGAACAACUGGGCGGGAACAGCCAUUGAUUACCAGAAAAAUUUGGCAACAGUAGAGUGGACAGACUAUGAUGCGUUCGGAAUGGGAGGCUCUGAGGUUGCCAUGUUCGGGACAGCCGAUAAAGCCACCAAGAUCCGAAGGGUUGUGGAGGAGACCAGACUGAGCAGGACUUCUUUGGCGCUUCUCCUUGUGGGUAUUGUUGGAUUUAUCUUGCAGAGUAUCGCUUGGACAGCGUGGAAAUAA